GCUGCGAAGGCUAUUGGAAUGGCAACAGGAUUAGUUGUUACUAGUCGUAUCACUCAUGCUACACCGGCUUCAUUCUCGGCUCAUGUUGUUGAUAGAAACAUGGAGGAUAUUAUUGCUACUCAACAACUUGGCGAUUAUCCUCUUGGAAGACAAGUUGAUCUGAUGAUGGGUGGUGAUCGUACUCCCAGUGUUGAACCCUCUCUCAAAGAAAUGUCUGAGAAAGCAAUUCGAAUUCUUGAAGCACAAACCGCUCAUAGCGAUAAAG